AUGGCUGAAAAUCUUGUGCAACGUUCUGAAAAGAGUAGAAAAAUGGAAGAAGUUGGCUGUGAGUAUUUUGAUGAUUUAGUAUCUAUGUCAUUUUUUGUAAAGACAAAGACCUGGAGUGGUGCAUCUUUUGUCAUGCAUGAUCUUAUUGUUGAUUUGGCUAGAACUAUAUCUGGAAAAUACAGUUGUUGUUUGUUAGAGCAAAAUGGUGACAUUGAUAAGCUUGAGAAAAAGACACGUCACCUUGGAUGUGUCAAGGAACUUUAUACUGAUAACAAGAUAUCUAGCUAUGAUUUUGAAGCUACUCGUUUACGAACCUUUUUAACAUUAGGUUCAAGAUUUUUUGAAGUCAAUAUUUCUAAGGAAGUAGUGGAGAAUUUGCUACCGAUGUUGAAAUGUUUGAGAGUUCUAUCUUUAUGUGGUCUUCAUAUAACUGAGUUAUCUGAUUUAAUUGGUGAACUAAAACAUCUUCGCUAUUUAGAUCUUUCUGGCACGAAGAUUGUGAUGUUGCCCGAAUCUGUAAGUGUAUUAUACAAUUUACAGACAUUGAAGUUAGAAAAUUGUCAUCGACUUAAAACUUGGCCUAAAGAUAUGCAUCGUCUCAUUAAUUUGAGGCAUCUUACUGUAAGUGUAAGUAGACUAGUUGAGAUGCCAAGUCAAAUAACUAAAUUGAGGAAUCUCCAAAUGUUGACAACUUUUGUUGUGGGAACGAAUAGUGGCGCAACAAUAGAAGAGUUGGCAGUUUUUCAAUGUCUACGUGGAGAACUUUCCAUUAAGAAGUUAGAAAAUGUGGUCAAUAUUACAAAAGUAUCCAAUCAAGUCAAUUUUCUGGAUAAGAAUCAACUUAAGAAAUUGAAUUUGGCAUGGAGUGUUAAUAAUGUUGUUGUUGAUCCAAAACAUGAAGAGAGUGUGUUAGAAAUGCUUGCACCUAACACAAAGUUAAAGCAGCUCAAAAUUCUUAAUUACCCGGGCACAAAAUUUCCAAACUGGGUUGGGAAUGAUUCAUUUAGCAACAUUUAUGAAGUAAGGCUUGAUGGUUGUAGGCAUUGCUCUAGCUUACCACCCUUUGGGCAACUUCCUUUCGUAAAAGAUCUUUACAUUUCAAAAUUCAGUUCGGUAGUGACAGCGGGAUCUGAGUUUUACGUGAAUAGUUCUGCGAGAAAGCCAUUUUCAUCAUUGGAAACAUUAAGCUUCAGCAACAUGUCAUCAUGGGAGCAAUGGCAUUCAAUGCAAACUGAAGAAGCAACAACAUAUGGGAAGCUCAAAACACUUACGAUCAAUCAUUGUCCUAAGCUCAUCAGAGAUUUGCCUCGCUUCCUUCCUUCAUUAGCAUAUAUUAGAAUUGUAGGACAUGAGGAACAUUCAUUAUUAAGUCUCCCAAGAAUACCAUGUGUCACAAAAAUAAGAAUUCAUCACUUGGAGAAUUCAGAUAUAUUGUACAAGGCAAUAAAUCCAACAAAUCCUUCUUCCAGUUCUACAGGAUGUUUCCCUUCCACUCUUCAAGAGCUUCGUUUGUUGUCUUGCGGGUCAUCGUUUGGAUCUCUCAAUGUGGAUUUGUUUCCCAAUCUCAAAACUCUUGAAAUUGCUUUCAGCCACCAUAUUGAAGUUGUCUCAAUGUCCGAUGGGAAAUCUCUAGAGGAACUAACAUCUUUCACUAUCCGAAGUUGUAACAAUUUUGUAUCUUUCCUAGAUGGUGGACUUAUUGCUCCCAAGCUGAGUGAGUUUAUCAUUCGUGAUUGCUCUAAAUUGAAGUGGUUGCCAAAGAAGAUGACUUCCCUCCUAUCAUUAGAGUCAUUGGCAAUCGUAGAUUGUCCUUUGAUGGAGACCUUCCCUAAAGGUGAAGGUGUUCUGCCUGUUAGUUUGUCUACGCUUGAGAUAUCAUGUGAUGUAUUUCUGAGGAUGAAAUGGAAUUGCCAAACAUUACCCCAUCUUACCAAACUUUCUAUUGGUGGAAAUUCCAGUGAAGAUAUAGAAUCAUUCCCGGGAAAGGGCUACUACCUACCACUAUUACCUCUCUUGAAAUAUGGGGAUUUUCAUAACUUAGAGGUUUAGACUAAAAUGGGAUUGGACAACUCACCUCGUUGCAAACACUUUCAAUCUUGUUUUGCCCCGAGUUGCAAACAUUGUCAGAAGAAGGAUUUCCAACCUCCCUCACCUAUUUAACCAUAAAAUGAUGUUCUCUUGUAAAGAAAAAUUACGACCCGAAGGAGAGUGGGAAUGAGGAGUACUGGACCAAGAUUAGUCACAUACCAAAUGUCAAAUUUUAAGGCUAACAUCCUAAUAAUCCACACAACAACUGAUCUUGUUGAUUAUGAUUGAGGUAUGUAUGUGUGAUAGGAGCUACUUGUAAUCUGUCGAGAUGUUUUUGUUGUUUUUCUUCUUCAUAUCAGAAUUCAGACUUUAAAAGAGUGUCUUCUUUCUUUCUUUCUUUCUCAAUGAAUGUGUGAUAGUGAUAGUGUGUUUACAAACAAUUUACACUUUAGAUUCACACACUGUUAAGUCAAACUGCUUCAAUUCAAAAUAUGCAGAAGUGUUAUUCCACAAUAAAAUGUAUACAUUUACAUUAUGUGUUUUCACUUUAAUAGUGAUAAAGUAUAAAUACAUUGUUAGCUAUUAGAAUUGUCUUAUAAUGAAAGACAGGUUUAAUUACAGGUUUAAUCUUUAAUUAUUUAUUAGUUGUUGUCAGUCUAUGCAUGUAUAUAUAUAUAAAUAUAUAUUGUUCUUGUGUAAUUACACUUGCCAUAUAAUAGUGUUCCAGCUUGUAAUUAGGGUUUUUUUCUGCCAUAUAAUACUAUUUCCCUUUUAUUUAGUCUUCACGUGUUCAAUAUUGUUAUGGCCUUUGAAAUAGGGCUGGGCAUGAAAUUUAGAAAAUUAAAAAAUUUAUUUAAAUCGACAUACCGAACACUACUGGAAUUGAAACUGGCGGAACCGAAAAUCAAAACCGAAAAAACCGCUAACGGUUAGAACUGCCUUUGAACGGUCAAUUUUUUUUGGUAAUAAACUGAUCGAAAAAACUGAAACCGACUGUUAUAUAUAUAUAUUAAUUUAUUAAGUUUAUUUUUGCUUUAU